AUGUCGGCCGUUGACUUCACUUUGCUUACGCCGGAGGAGCUGGACGCUGUGCUGGAGAUGCCAGCCAUGCCUCCGCCGGACGGCGAAGUCAGCAAUUUCGUCAACCCUCCCAAUCAGAACGGCAUGGCAAUAGCAAUUAUGACCAUAUGUCUAGUCUCCGGGGUGCUUUGCCUCUCAAUCCGUGCAUACGCUAGGGUUAUUCUUCUGAAAAGGGUACAAGCGCAAGAAUAUAUGAUCUUCACGGCAUUUCUGGUCCAUCUCGCCGGUGUCUUUUAUUCUAUCUGUCUCCCGCUUCUCAAAAUAUCUAUUCUGGUGGAGUGGCUGGGCAUGUUCGUCACUCAAGGCCGCCGGAACUGGUUCUUCUGGGUUUCCUGGGCCAUGAUCAUUGUCCAGAUUUUGUUCGGUGUUGCAGUCGUUAUUGCUCUGAACCUAGCCUGCAUCCCGACCAAGAAGAAGUGGGAGUUCUGGCUUCCAGGCAAGUGCAUUAACGCCCAUGAUAUCGAAACAGUCUCGGCCACCUUCCAGCUCGCUUCCGACUGCGUCGUCCUCCUCCUUCCCCAGAAAGUCAUCUGGGAUCUCCAGCUGAGCUGGAAGAAGAAGCUUGGUGUAUCGGUCAUCUUCUCCCUCGGUCUGCUGGCUUGUGUUUCUGCCGCGUUCCGUCUUGCCGUCACCAUCCGAUAUGCGGGAGCCACCGAUGUCAUCUACAAUGUUGGCCCCGUUUGUUUCUGGGCCUAUGCCGAGAUGACGUGCGGUUUCAUCGUAGUUUGCGUCCCUUGUGUGCCUAAGAUCCUCUUGGAGACUGGUAUCUGGCGCAAAAUGAAGAUGCGCCUUGGUCUGAGUGUCACGACCGGCACUCCCAGCAACACCAGAAACCUGACGGGUUCCAGUGCGAUCAGGUCUAGGAACAUGCUCUCUGGCAACAAGUCCGGCAACAAGUCGUACUUGCAGGUCGAUGACGAGACCGAGCUGAAGGACUUUGGCUCCGAGUCUACGGAACACCUACGCGAGCAAUACGUCCCCAAAUCCGAGAAUGGCAUUGUUCGCACAACGCAGGUGACGGUCACACAGAACUCGGACAUAUCAAACGGCGGCGAUGAGGCCAGGUAUGGGAACCACCAGGUGCAGUGGAGGUAG